GUUGGGAGUUGCCCUCUGCUGGGCGUUCCUACAUGUGGGACACUGAGAUAUGUGUUAUUCAUUUCUCUCUGCAGGACAUGAUAUGGAAUCAGUGCGAAAGAUAUUCCAUGCUGCGAUGCCAUCUCAGUCAUUUUCCAUUUAUCGUGGGGUAGAAGAGGAAGAUGAGGCUGAGCUCCACAUUGAGGAUUUUCCACGUACCGACCAGAGGUCCAGUCCAAAGGCCUCCAGAUUCAGCAUCUCACCCCAGUACCAAAAACUUAUCAUCGCCGUGAUAGUGACAGGAUUCAUCGCUUUUCUACUGGGAUAUAUCAGCACUCGCCGUCCGUGCACAACAUGCGACAGCAGCGACGGAGACUUCACAUCGGACGAGUCUUAUGAGCAAGGACGUUCUGAACCCGUAACAAUGGACUGGUCAGAGCUGAAGGAUCUGUUCACCAAGUAUCUGACCGACGGAGAGCACAUGGAGGAAAACAUAAGGAAGUUCUCCCGGGCCCCUCACCCGUCGGGCUCCCAGGAGAACAGUGACCUGGCUGACUCCCUGCUGCAGACGUUUCGGGGCUAUAACAUGGAUCACACCUGGGUGGACAGUCACUUUGCUGAGCUGCAGUUUCCUAACAGGUCUCAACCGAAUUCCCUGAACAUAGUGAAUGGCAGUGAGAUUGUGGAGCGGAUUCCUAUCGGUGACCCGGAUGUGUACUGUCCGUACAGCGCCUCCAAAACCGCGGAGGGAGGACUGAUAUAUGUGAACUAUGGACGACAGGAAGAUUUCCAGAAGCUGAAGGUUUGGGGCGUCCAGGUGACGGACUCCCUGGUCAUCGUGCGCACAGGAUUAUUAAGCUUCGCAGAGAAGGUCUACAAUGCUGAGCGGGCCGGAGCUCUGGGGGUCUUAAUAUUUCCAGACUAUGCAGAGACCUCAGUAUAUGGACAUGUUCACUUUGGCACUGGAGAUCCCAAUACUCCCGGUUUCCCGUCCUUCAAUCACACCCAAUUUCCUCCCUUCAAAUCCUCAGGACUUCCCAACAUCCCGGCUCAGCCGAUCAGUUUAUCCGCUGCGAGGUCACUGCUGGGGAGACUAUCGGGCCCUACUAUCCCCGAUUCCUGGAGGGCUGCGGACUUCCUGUCUCACGGCGUGGGCCCCACAAUGACCACUUCGAGUCACAAGGUUCAGCUCAAGGUGAGCAACGAGCCUGUGAGCGUGGAGCUGCACAAUGUGUUUGGGAGCAUCACUGGGCGUUCUGAGCCUGAGCACUACAUUGUGGUAGGAGCCCAGCGGGAUUCCUGGGGCCCAGGUGCUGCCAAGUCUGGAGUGGGCACUGCCAUCUUACUAGAGCUGGCCCGUACUAUGACCAUGAUGGUGCACAAUGGCUUCCAGCCCCGCCGCACCAUCCUGUUUGUCAGCUGGGACGGAGGAGACUUUGGCAGCAUCGGAGCUACGGAGUGGCUGGAGGGGUACCUCAGCAUGCUGCACCUCAAAGCCGCUGCCUACAUGAGCCUGGACACCCCGGUAUUAGGUGAUGAAAACUUUCUUGCGAAAACCAGUCCGCUGUUCAUUAACCUGAUAGAGAACAUAAUCAAGCAGGUUGAUAAUCCUCGCCAGAGUAAGCAAUCGAUCUAUGAUUACAUGAAGAUGAAAGGAAGUAACUGGAAAGCAGAAGUCACCGCGCCCCUGAAGAAGGACAGCAGCGCCUUCGCCUUUACUGCGUUUGCUGGAGUUCCUGCACUGGAGUUCUCAUUUAUAGAGAACUCGCAGCCAUAUAAAUUCCUGGACACGAAGCAGGACACAUAUGACAGUCUGAACCAGGUCAUGUACGGUCGGCUUCCGUCGGUGGCUCUUUGCGUGGCACAGGUGGCUGGACUUUCUCUGAUUAAACUCUCCCAUGAUCACAUUCUCCCCCUGGAUUACACCGCGUAUAAGGAUGUCCUGCUGAAGCACCUGAUAACCCUGCAGACACAUGAGAAGAAGCUGAAGUCUCGGGGUCUCUCUCUUGAGUGGCUGUAUUCUGCCCGGGGCGAUUACAUGCGAGCCACACAAAGACUGAAGAAAGCCAUCAGCCAGUCGGAUCUCCACAAUGAGAAGGUCAUCCAGUUCUUCAACGUGCGCAUUAUGAGGGUGGAGUUUUACUUCCUGUCGCAGUACGUAUCCGCUGUCAAUUCUCCAUAUCGCCACAUCCUCCUUGGCCGGGGGGAGCACACCCUUGAGGCUUUGCUGGAGCACCUCAACCGGGCCCAGAAUGAUAUUGAUGACAAUGAGCUGCACAAGCAAAUCGCCCUCUUUACCUGGACCCUGGAGGGGGCUGCAAAUGCUCUAAGUGGGGAGGUGUGGGAGGUCCAGAGAAGUUUCUAGAUCCCAAGAUGUGACCAUUAAUGAUGACUCUUCAGCCUCGUUGUGUUAAUGAGUUACGGGGCACACCAUAAAUGUUCUUGCUCUGGCUAUAGCAGGUGCCAGAAAUGAUGAAGUAAUUCCUAUCAGCGACAGGGCUCGCUAUAAAUUACUGUUACCACUUCAUUGUCUGACGCCAUGUAAAGGGGAAUCUUCUCCACACCCAUUGAUUCGUAGCAAUUUCUCCAAACAGCAGCUGAAGGGUCUGAGCUCUCUGCCUAGAUCCCUAGCCCAUAGAUGUGGGAGAUGGUGAACGUUCAGUCUUAUGGACGCCCACCAAGGUGUUCUGACAUGUCUAUAUGGCAUGUGAGGAGGAGGGAUUCCCCUUUAAGAUAAACUUGCUGCUUCUGUUGGUGAAUGUGGCCACUGCUUUCGCCUUGCUGAUCUCGUUAUCACGGUUUAUCACUGACAGUGCUCAGUAGAACUGAGAUUUCUAAUGUUAUUAUGUCCUCACGUUUUCCAUUAAAGCUUGAGUGCUUCGAUUACA